CUUGACUCUUGGGUCGAGGUCACCAGUCAGGCUUCGAGUUCAAACUUAUCAGACAUCGUCUUGGACGGCCUGAACGUACAACAUCCUCCUCAGACGGCACGACGAAGGACGAUGGACACCGGCGCCCCGACCAGGUUGAACGUGAUGCGCCCGUCAGACAUGGGCGGGAUGAGCAGCAGUCAAGAGGAAACCGAGGAGAGCGAGAGUGAGCCUGAGAGGCGAGAUAUCCGAAUGGGCAGCCAUCAGACACAGGCAGCCACUGCGAACGCCGCGAAUGUCGUCUUGUCGUCGGACGACGACGAGAACCGGACUGCGAUCAACCAGCCACUCAGUCGAGGUUCCAACUUCAUGCCUCGGCCAAAUGCGUUCAGUCACCCGUCUGCCCAUCACAUGCGUACUGCCAGCCAACCUGUCCCUGGAUCAUAUUUCCCCGAAUCGCGAUCACAACCGACCAUGCGACGACGAUACUCGCGGCCACAAUCGGAUGUCCGUCGGCCAAGCCAUCUCCCUCACAACAUCCUCUCUCCUACGUACAACGUGGCGGUUGAGCAUGAUGAGGCUCUUAGAGCGAGCUUGAAUAGCCUGCUCUCAGUGGCGGCGGCGGCGCGAGGGCACAGCAAACCAGAGGCCAAACGCACUUCACCGCCCGUCGCCAAUGUUGCACCACCACGGAGGAACCAGAUUGAUCCAUCGUCGCUCCGUCUAGUUCCUCAAUCUGCCUUGCCGACCGCUGCUCAGGCACAAACCCACGAGCCUACCUUUCAACCCACCAUCCCGCGACGACAUUCAAUCACAUCCAUAUCCACAUGCUCCGAACAACCGCCACAACAACAACACAAGCAACGCGACCCAGAACACAAGCGCAAACCCUCCACCAGCCGCAACACCAGCCAAGAGCGCCGCGCACAGAAGAAGACCCGCCGCAUCGUCGCUCCCGGCGAAGAAGUCAUCAUCUCACCCACCAUGAUGACCUGGCUCGUGUCCGCCGGCGUCGUCGUCUUCCUCAGCGCCUUGAGCUUCGGCGCCGGCUACAGCAUGGGCCGAGAGGCCGGUCUUCUCGAAGCACAAGGCCUCGCGGGCGACGGCCAAAUGCGUGCCUGCGCCCAAGAUGUCGGGCGCUCCUCAUUGGGACUCCGGAGAUCUCUA